CUUUGAGUGGGCUUUUAUUUUGACAUUUUUACACCGGAACAUCCCCGUUAACAUUAUCGUCAAAGGAAAUAAGCAAAUGAGGCGCCACUGAUCCGUUUGGGAGGGAGCAGACCUUCUUCUUGUGGCAAGUAAAUGAUGGAACUGGACGAUGAACUGGAGAACUUCAUCAGGGAGCGUAAGGCAAGAGUGGCCCAAGAUAGAGCAAGUUUAGAGGAAGAUGCUCCUUACAUGGAAAUCAGGGCAAAACCUCACAGAAGCUAUCGGUCCACGAUCAAGGAGAACAUUCCCCCCAAGUUGACUCCACAAGAGAAAGAAGAGAUCUACAGUGUGGGUCUUCCCCUUGGUGUGGAGUACGAUAAAAAGAAGAAGAGACUUCAGCAUGAGCGUCGUAUGGAAUACAGAAACUACAUGGCACAGCAAAAGCUGCUUGAAAAGAAGACAAGCGAUGUUCUCAAACAGCAAACACCUUCAUGGAGGGAUGCAGCCGCUUUGACAGAAGCCAGAAGGGACUCUUAUAGGCCUCCUUCCCCUUCUGAGGUCACGAUCCCCUCCUUUCCUGAAGAGCCAUCUUUGGAAUCUCACAGACACAAAGACAAGCGUUAUGAGCCCAUUGACCUGGAAUCAGAGGAGGAUCGGCAUUUUAAGGUGAAGCUAACAGGCUCCAGGAGUAGUAGGCAACAAGGUUUAGAUGCCAGUUAUGAGAAGACCCAAUCUACAAGGAAUGAUACAAGGGAGAAUGAAGAGAUGCCUUCAGGUUUUGCCAGACAAGGCCGGAGAUCAAACGCCCUGAAGAAAACUGAUGACGCUGAAUUUGCUACCGGCCUUCUAAUCGGAGCCAUUGAUACAGCUGAAGCCGUGCAGAAGAAGAAGGACCGCUACAGGCAGGAGCUGCAAGAACAGAUAGCCGAGCAGAAAAGAAACAAGAUGAGAGAGAAAAAAUUGGAGCUAAGAGUUGCUGUAACGAGGGCAAACGAUCCAGAGAAUCAGCACCAAGUUGAGCAGUUUGGACUGAACAAGAGAAGGGACCUUAACUUCCUGCAGCCUUCAGCGUUGGGAGAGAGAGAAUCUUCAUCCAGAAGUUUAUCUAAUAAAGACAAAACUGGCAGUGGUGGCAGGCUGACGCCUCCACCCGAUCAGCCCCGUUUGGCUUUUCAGUCUCCAGUGAUGGAGGGCAGCUCCACCAUGGACCUGGUGGAAGGUGGACUGUCUUCUAAUAGCCAGCCUGCUACCUUCUUCCAAAGAGCUAUGGAUACUCCCAGAAUUCCCUGGGUGCUUCCUCACCCGCCUCUUAAUGUCAUGGACCCCUCCCGAGGCAACUAUGGCGAGCCUCAUCACUACUAUAGAAACAUGGUUGACCCAAACAUUGCCUACUAUGGUCAUUUGCCUUACCCUUCUAUGGGUCUUCCCAUGGUUUACUACAACAUACCACCAGGAGGAGCUGUGCCCAGUCAUUUGGGUGAUGGGAGACCCCAUAGUGGAAACAGGCUUCCUGAGCUCCCACCACAGUCCAAGACUAAGCCUGGUACUUCGGCCCCCCUUACUGGGCUUUUUCCCCCAGAGAGUUCCCGAUCAACCAAGCAAACAAAUUUGGACUACCUAGAGGGCCUACACAAACAGGGCGAUGCCAGGAAAGGGGACAUCCAGCUUUUCAACAAGAUUCAAGAGCAGCAGGAGCGAAAGCGUGUGGAGAGGGAGGAGCAGGAGCGUUACGAGGCAAAAUUGAAGGACGACAUGAGAAGACAUCAACCUUGGGGUCGAGGUGGAGGCGGAGCCCCACUCAGAGACAGUACAGGACAUCUCAUUGCUGACCUUAGCCAGAUGCACAAGCUGAAUGAAGAGGCCAAGAGCCACCCAGAUCGAAGGAGAGCAGCUGUGAUGACAGCCAACAACAGGGUCUCUGGUACUGUAGCAGAGAGCAGUUGCACUGACACUAGUGACCGGCUCCCUGGCUUCACCCAUGUCCAAACGCCCCAGUUGGUAGUGGGCAAUAUGUUUGACAACCAGCUCAUACAGGAGCAGUUCACACAGCAGCAGCUCCGUGACAACGAGAAGUACAAAGCUGAACUCAAACUGCAGAUAGAGGAGAAGCAGCGUAAACAGGCAGAGGAAAGGGAACAGAUCAGGCUUGAGGAAGAAAAGUUAGAUAAGAAGGUGGCAGAGGACAUGGCUCGCAUCCAGAAGGACUACGAAGAAGAACAAGAGAAGAAGAAACGAAAGGAGAUGGAGGUUAAGGCCAGAGUCGAGAAACAACAUCUGCUGGCAGAACAGAAAAGGAAGGAAAUAGAAAGUAAGAAGGCAGAGGAGAAGAAGGAAGCAGAAAGUAAAAAGGCAGACGAAAAGAAGAAAGCGGCACAGGAGAAGCAGUGUGAACAAGAGAGGGAAGCCCAAAUAGAAAUGGUUCACAGGGAAUUGCCCCCAUCAAAGUCCACCUUGGAGAGGAAACAGCAGUGCAGCUCUAGGCCUCCCACCAUUGAGAGCCGACAAUCCACUGCUCCCCUUUCUGAACAAUCUCUGUCUAUCCCCCAUUCUCCACCUGCUUGUAGGAAUGAACUUCGAUCUGCAGCUGAGCAACGGGAGGUGUACAGCAAAUUGUCAGCAUUGCGUCAGCAGCUUCACCGAAGGCUAAAACGAAUGGAGCCAGAAGUCAAUCUACAGUAUGAAGAUUGGGAUGAAAUGGACUCCCUUUUUGCUCGAAGACAAGCGCACCAGCAAGUGGAUGUGUUUGAAAUGGCGAGGCGGCGGCCCCAAGCUCCAGUUCGAAGGCACAACUCCAGGAAACUGCAACCUAGUACUCUGCUGCGAAUUCAUGACUUACUUCAACUCGAUCACUCCGGUGAUGAACUCUUAAACUAUGGUGAGUCCAGGCUCAGCUCCACUGAGGUCCAAACAGAGAAGACAGGGGGCGUAAUCAGUCGGAGUAGGUGGGACGACAUGGAACCGCGUCAGAGGUCAACACACCAGGAUGAUUGUUUUGACAUAUCGCCUCCAGAUCAAAACCACUAUCUGGGAAGCGAGAUGGGCCGACUUCCACGAGGAUCUCUGCUGGAGUCAGAGAGUGCCUUCCUUGCCACUUUGGGAGAAGAUUUUCCAGUACCAAGCUCCCCAGACGUUAACAUGACACACCAACCCUCAGCCCGGGAAAGGAGGAGGCUGACCAGACGGUGCCCAUACCCACAGGAAGAAGAGUCCUCCUAUGACAACCCAUUUCACAUAAGUAGCAGGAAGCAGAGAGUAGCGGAGUCCAGCAUUGAAGAAAAGGACCAGGACAGGAUAUUCGAUUUGAAAGACCCCAUUUGUCGUGGAAAUACAGCCGGAACUGUAGAUCUGUCUGAUGAUGACUCAUUACCUCCCCCGUUUUGCCCCCUCACUCACAAUCGUCAAAGUUCAGUAGAAUCAUUCUCAACUGAUCCCUGGAUGCGACCAGGUACUUCAGAAACUCUUAAGUGUUUAGAGCGCCCAUUGAGGAGGGAGCCAUUAACAACGCAGGAGACGGUCCGUUGAAUGUUGCAGAAGUUUUCCAACUUCACUCUUCGUUUGAUCCAGAUCUUUGAGGUGUCACAUUGUAGAUGAUUUUUCUGUUGAAAAUGUGACAGAUGAAUGUGACUGAUGUUACUACUUUAUUUGCUAUUGUAUAUGUCACCGGUACCCAAUUGGAUCCAAUGGGCCAAAUUUGGGCCACUGGGUUGUUUCGUUUAGCCCGCCAAAGGGUGGCCUCUCAAAUAUUUUACAUAAUCGUACUGACCUGUUUUAAGAUCACACAAUCAUUGAUGACAUGUCUGCAAAGAAACUACCUAGUUCUCAACAUCUCCACUACCUUAUAUAUAUGGAAGUAUAGGGCUAAACUCAUUCAUGGUGAUGCUGUACACUUAAAAUCUCUGGUGGGCACAUUUUUACUUUGGCACCCCUGGUCUAUGUUAUCAAGAGCUUCAGUGCCAAUGUUCAAUGAAUUCAUAGUUUUAUAUGGGCAGCUUUGUAUUUAAUAAUUUAUAUGAUAGUUUAUUGACUAGAGAGAUGUUAAAUAAAUC